GAAUGUCGAAGGUGCUCUAACACAGCGAACAUAACGAUGAACACGACGCAGACACUAGGCUCCAGCCGAGCCUUGUUGGGCUCGGGCUUUGAGGCGCCCAGCAGGUUGGCUCCCAGGAAUGCGUACCGCAGGUACUCAUGUCCCUCGGUCAUGGGCUCCGCUGCUGCCGUGCCCCUGCCCACCGUGAAGGAGGACCAGACUUCCAACUUCUCCUACGACAAGGUCAAGGCGUUCACCAGCGGUGUGGGCUUCGUGGUGGGUGAUGUGCUGGCGCAGUCCAUCACCGGUACACCCAACCUCGAUGUCUUCAGAAGUGUCCAGCUGGGCGCCAUUGGUUCAGCCCUGGACAUCUUCCGCCAGGACCUGGCCGGCAACGCUGGUGGGCACGGAGAGCGUAUUGCCAAGGCGGCCAAGACAGUGAGCAACCAAGCGAUUUGGGGACCUAUUGUGGCAUGCACCUUUUACGCCGCCCUGAAGGUGGCCGAGGGGCAGCCGGGGGAGAUCCUACAGGGCGUCGAGGACAAGAUGACAGCCCUGGUGAUGGCCAACUACUUCUUGUGGCCCCUCACCCGCUACCUCAACGACACCUUCGUGCCAGCGGAGCAUCGCGUCACAGCCAACCACAUCAUCACGGUGGUGUGGAAUGCUUGGCUGUCCACUCUGGGCCACGCGCCUGUGGUGGACCCCACCGACGUCCUGCACAAGAUGGGCGGUGAGAGCGCAUUCAACCACAUCUCAGAGCAUGUGGCACCAGCCCUGGCUGACAUGGGCGCUGCUGUGAGCCAUGCUGCCAGCCCCUUCAUCCAUCAGGCCACACAGGGUGUGGCGAGCCUGGCAGACCGCAUGCCCUCCUGUCUGCUGGAGAAGGCUUUCAGCAAGUCCCUGGACGUGCUCUCACCCUUCUCUGGAGUGGAGCGCUCUCCCUCACAGCUGCUGGACGCUGCUGCCUCCAUCUCUUUGGACCGCACUGGCACCCUGGAGCUUGUCUUGGACCGACUGCACAGCACCCGCCUCUGAAUUUGUACCAAGCCAUGAGAGCGCAGCUGCCAAUGCUGCCAUGUAUGCUAAGUAGUAUUUCUUGAUCCGAACUGGACCUGAUCGGCACUGGCACCAAGUGCCCGAACAAAGAUGUGCCUUUGGAUCCUCAGACUGGGUAGACUAGGAGUGCAUUCGCAAGUAGCCGCUUUCUGAUAUAUAAGGAGUCUAGUUCAACCUGUCACAUAGCAGUUUUAGAGGUUUGCAUGUGUGCAAUUUCAAGGAUGGUGGCUUGCAAGCUGCCGCUUGACCCCGCUCCUACAGAAAGCUCCACCUUGGCUGGGAGCGCAGUGAUGCAGGGGCAAGUGUCUGCAUUCUUUAUGAUGGAUCCCCUUGCGUCCGCAGUUUCCACCAGGAUAAGGCUGACAGUAGCAAGGGAAAUUUAUUUGAAGUCAUGAAGGUCUGCAAUCUAGUUGCAGGCAUCAUGCGCACUCUCACAAGAAGAUCUGCAACGUAUUGUUGCAGAUCUUGUGGGGCAUAUUGAAGUGUUGAGAAGAACAUGGAAUGGUCAGGCAAGGCAUGAAUCAAUGUGAAUGUCUAGGAAGAACACUGUCUGGGGUCUGGGACAGUGAGGGAUUGCACCAAUUCAAUGCCUGUCAAGCCUAGUAGGGGAAAUGAUGGGCUCGCAUAUGCGUGGCACUGUCAGGGAAUCAAGGCUGUAAGGUGUUGGCAAGU